AUCGGGUUUCAAGCGAUAGCUAUUAACCUUCCGAGACCCUAUGUCCUAGACUAUCGAUUCCCCCUUUAUUCAUUCGUGGGCAUCAGUAUUUCGGUCUCUUUUUCCCGGUUAGAUAUUCGAAUGCGUGCCUACGAGUCCAAGACAGCUGAACUUUCUCGCAUGACUUGGGACCUUUCGUCUCCCAUUUUACCUCUAUGUACCAGAAUGGCUUGAUCGCGGAAUUACGUUUAUGUAUAGACGCGAGUGAUCCUCUAGCUCACCUUUGCGUUUCGUGCCGGAUACGCGUAACCGGGGCCGAGCUUCUAACGCUGCGUUUUACGAGUUCCCAAUAAUCCUCUACUUGUUACCUUUGCGGGACGUAUCGUCACCGGAAUCGAGCGAGCUACUAUUAGACUUUACGUUACACCACUAUAAGUUGAACAUAUUGAUACGUGGACGAGCAGGCCAUCUGCCCUACCCCCCGGUGCAAUGUCUGGACGCAGUGCCUACGUCAGGAAAAAGAUCACCGACACGAAGUCGGGUUUACGGUCUUCAGAAAACAGUCGCUAUUCCGAAAGCGAUGACAUAUCAGUCAAUGAUCCCGGCUUCCCGCAAGGUACCGGAUAUGGCAUAACGAAUGCGCGGUUCCUCAAGUUCUCCGAACCGUCAAGGGAAGCGGACCUAGUCAAUUAUCGCACCCGGAUCGCGAACUUCGGUAACCCUAGUAGCGGAAGCCAGAGUGGUGCAAGUGAGUCAGGCAAGAAAGAGAGUGGUGGUAAUAAUGGUAUGCCGCAUCAGGGUCCGAUGCCUGACUUCGCGUAUGCUAGGACGAGGAAGCCGGUUUUAAGGACAGAGGACGUGUCGGGAAUAGAACGCUCGGGAUUCCGAAGCGCAGUAGACAAGAAGAGCGACGAGUUCCGUAAAAAUCUCACCAAGGCCUUUACAUUCGGAGCUAAGAAGAAGAAGGCUUUGGGAACUGCUAGGUCUGAGUCCUCUGCUGCCAUGAGAUCCUACAAUGAUUCCGAGUUUUUCGACGUUCACGAGCUUCCUUCGACGUCUAUACAAAGUCCGCAGCAGUUAGUAUGGGAUCCGGAGUAUCAGCAGAUAGUCUCGCCGCCUCCGUCUGUCAAACUGCCCCCAGUCCCUCCCCCUUUUACUACCCCUCCAAUUAAGCGUUGGAUCGGCGCUGGGAGGCCUGUUCAACGAUGGAACAAGCUCCGGAAAGACCCUGAAUUAUGGGAUCCCAACGGUGAUGUUUUAGUCUUCUUCGGUCGCAAAGGACAGAGCCCACGGCCAAACCCUUCUUUCCGCUUGUCGUCUCAUAUUAUCGAAGCGACAGAAUCUCGGUUCCUCAUCACUCUUCUUCGCGAAGGAUCCACGGAGGACGAGUAUGACUUACGAAUGCACGUGCCUCAAUCACCUAUCGGCGCUCCGCCGAUGCUACGAUCCCAUGGCCCGCAUCCGCAACUUGGCUACAACCUAGGCCGGAACGGUCAGCCCACACCCCCAGUAUCCGAGGAUACUAGCCUUACAGACGUUGACGGCCAAAUAUCCUACGAGAUGUAUUUCCCAACGCCACCGAAUAUAGGCAAGCUUGAAGCGCACCGGCAAGCUAUAACAACGCGCAACGUAUUUGCGCUUCUGUACCACGCAUCCCUAGUUGGCUUGUCGCUUUCUCAAGCGUUGUCCGACUUACUAACACGUCUUACGGCUUAUAUGCCCCCUGAGGCAGAUAAUCUAGGCACUAUUUUAAAUUACCUAUCCGCUCGCGGUAUUGACGACUGUCGCAACGACCCAGAAACGGCCGUGUCCCUUCUCGCGUGGUCAGAAAUGCCGGAGGUACGGUGGGAGGAGGGUUGGUGCGAGGCGUUCGUGCACUGUACCGGCAUGUACUCCCGAUUAGAAGCUUGCACAGAUUUCAAAACCAUCACACCUAUCACGCGAGCUCUUCUGGAACGAGCUUGUCUUGAGACGCAGCUUCGCGUACAAGCUGCAGAAGAGCGUCUUGCUGAGUUUUCUUGCGGAGAUAUCUGGCCAACUACCGGUCCGGCUUCAAAGGGUGCUGCAAGAGACGCCGCCGAGCGCCUACGCCAAUUCUUCAUAUCGCAUUACUCAAAGAUUCAUGGCUAUUGGCCUCCACCCGAAGCGGGCACGAGAACCGCGGAAGGCGACGAGACGUGGCUGAGCAGGACGUUAGCAAAGCAAAUGCAAAAGGAUUUUGGUGCACUUUACGACUACUUGGUUAACCGAGAUAUUGUAUGGGACGAGUCAGAGACGCGCAGUAGUCGAAAAUGGAUGAUGGUCUCCGAGAGCGGUAACAAGUCCUUUGACUCAGAUACACCCGAUCUGCCUCUCACAGAUAUGCUGAUUGAAUUCGACAACCGCAUGCGAUUUCCUCAUAUCCCGCACCCUUAUCCGCUUGUCCCCGAGUCAAUCCUACCAAACGUUCCAGCUUCGUCUGGCUCGAGUAGAGAAAGAUUUAAAAAGGAGAAAAAUAAUAGUAACAUAAAACAAACUUCUGACGACCGCAUUGCCGAGAGGCGUGCGCAGUUGGCGUAUACCGAGGCGACUAACAUUUACAUCCUAGGGUCUGACUUUACGCAAUCUGACCUAAUCGAAAGCUUCGUCAAGUUUGAGAAGGCGGACCAGGUCGGCAGCGUAAACCCCUUCGUCGCCCGCCGCGGCCGCUGGGUACUCAUCUACGUGAUCUUGCAAACCCUGGCCAGCGUAUCAGUUGACGCGCCCAAUGUCCGAUACAAAGAUAACGUGUCGUACCACCUCUCGCCACGCUUCAAAGGUACCAAAGCCCCGCCGUGGAAGGGCGCAUCAGCCCCAGCGGCCGAGGCUUGCCACGAUAUUUCGCACUGCUGGCUCGCACCCCGGACGUGGCAGCAGAAUAGCAGCGCUAGUGGCGGCGAAAGUGCCGACUCGGACACGUCCACUAACUCCAACGCGCACUCUAGCGAUCCCGUAUUACGUAUGAUGAGAGCACAAGCACAGUUGUUCCCGCAACCGCCUAGAACUGUGACCAGCCGUUCUAGUAACAGCGGGUAUUACACGCCACGAAGCGUGCUUUCCCCAACCACUGUUGUACCUCUGACACCUACUACGACGUGGGGUGGUUCGGACGAUGCUGCCUCGAGUAUUGCCCGACCAUCUUCGUCAUCGGGGAACUAUCAAGGAUACAGGAGCUAUACCGGUUCGCGUGGUGCCAGGAGCGAGCGCAGCUACGCGACAUUCGGACCGGGCAGUGCCGGCUUAGGCGGUGGUAGGCUUGAGGAUACCAGGCAGCCAAAGGGCAUGAGUACUAGCAUGGGGAUACGCCGUACGAAGGCCCCAGCACCGCUGGACUUAAAUCUAGACGUUACGAGAAUGGAUGGCUUCCUUGACCCUGGCCAUAGCCCGUCAAGCGUAGGCGGCGCGCCCAUCCUAAGUCCAAAUAGUUCUGAUGGACUCGGUCCGGUAAUCCGCGAUUUUGACGAACUUGAAUCCGUUGCCGAGGAGGCCAGCUGAAGGGUUAUAUUUGUAAUAAUAUAAGCGGAGAUUUUCGGGAUUGUGAGCGGGUUUUUGGGUACUCAGGUGUAAAGGGGUUGGAUAGGGGAGGUAUUCACUGAUUAGGGAUAUCUAAUG